AUGAAGGGGAAACUGUAUUCCAAGAGUAAGGACAAGGAACAUGAGAAGUACGGAGGAGGGGGGAGCUCCCAAAAUAUGAAUGCCCUUAAGAGGCUAUCCUCCAAAGUCCUCGGGGAUUCAAUUAAUAAUUUCGAUUUAAGUAAGACUUUGGAUAAGAUAGACGAGCAUGUAAAGCAGUACCCCUUUUUAGAUGACCUGGGGAAGAAAUAUGGCAUCAAGCCGUCCUACGUCAUUGUGGGUAUGUCGGGGUUUCUCUUCCUCUCGCUCAUCUUCGGUUGGGGGGCGGCCCUGAUUUGCAACGUCGUUGGUUUUGCCUACCCAGCCUACCAAUCAUUCAAAGCAGUCGAGUCGCAAAGCAAAGACGAAACGAAGUUGUGGCUGACCUACUGGGUGGUCUACUCACUCUUCUUUUUUUUCGAGUACCUAAUCGAUAUUAUUUUAUUCUGGGUCCCCUUUUAUUAUUUACUGAAGCUCCUAUUCCUCCUCUACCUGUACAUGCCUCAAGUGAGGGGAGCAGAAACGGUCUAUAAUUACAUCAUACGUCCUAUCCUGCUGAAGCACGAGAAGGCAAUAGACGAUACUGUUCAGAAGAUUAGCCAAACUGCUACUAGCCACUUAACACAGAUUACGGGCAACCUGACGGAGAAGCUCGUGCAGGAUGGGGUUCGCCGGAGAAACGUGUGA